AUGGCCAACACUGCCAAGAUUCCCGUCGUCGACAUUUCAGACGAGCGAAACCAGCAAGAGGUUGCCCGGGAACUUGUCGACGCUGCUAUCAAGCAUGGCUUUGUGUACAUUAAGAACACUGGAAAAGACAUACCGGUGGAAGCAAUCGAUGAGGCUUUCGAAAUCUCUAAGCGCUUGUUCAAGGCUCCUUUGAGCGAGAAGCAGGCCUGCUCUAUCCAGCAGAACAACAGAGGAUGGUCUGCUAUGCACUACGAGACCCUGGAUCCUGCGACUCAGCGGGUUGGUGACUACAAGGAGGCUUUCAACUUCGGUGACUUCGUCGACGGCAAGGCUCAGCAGCCUAUUCCCCCAACAAUUGCCCCCGACGAGGCCCGCAUCUCUUACUUUCGUGACCUCUGCUAUAACCUGACCCUGAAGCUCAACACCCUGUUGGGCAUUGGCCUCGAGGUUGACCCCUUCGACUUCUUCACCCGUGCCCAUCUCCGCUCAGCCGGUCCCUCCGGCAGCAUUCUGCGCUUCCUGUACUACCCCCCUCCUGCGCCCGACACGCCCACGGACAACCACGCAAACAUUCGUGCGGGCGCUCACUCCGACUACGGUUCGUUGACUCUGCUCUUCCGUCUGCGCGGCCAGCCCGGCCUUGAGAUCUGCACCGGCACCACGACCAUGACCAACCCCGAUGGCACUACCAUUGAAGUGCAAAACUGGGCUCCUGUGCCUGUUGUCCCUCCAGGAACGGAGAACGAUCCGGCGCCGCCGAUCUUGAUUAACAUUGGUGACUUGCUCUCUUACUGGACUGGUGGCUUGCUCAGGAGCACUGUGCACCGGGUUGUCUUCCCCAAGGGGGGCAACGGCAUCGAAGGGGAGCAGGACGCUGGGCCGCGGUAUUCGAUCGCGUACUUUUGUCAUCCCUACGGCGGGACCAAGCUGGGUGUUGUGCCGAGCGAGAAAGUCAAGGAGUAUGUCGAACGCAAGGAAAGGGAUCAGACGGCCAAGGGGUUGGCUGUGGUGAAUCCGUAUGCUGAGAGAAAGGUCAUGACCGCGGAUGAGCAUCUGCGGAUGAGGUAUGUCCGCUUGUUCGGGAAAGAUGAUGCAGCCACUGACGAUGACAGACUGCGCGCGAGCUAUUUGCAAUUGUACGAAGCCAAGGCGUAA